AUGGAUGCAAAACGGAUGACAGUAAGCGGAAAAGGAAAGGAAUAUACAUUCAUUAUCUUGAAUGAUGCAUUUACUCUUGAGGAAUUAGCUCAGGCUUUUCCCGGUGCCACGUCAUUAGCAUAUGAGGAUGCCCUUGAAAAAGUUAUAAUUCCUAAUAAGGAUGGAAUAUUUAGAACUCCAGAAGAUGGAUGGGACAAAAGAGAAAGAAAAUAUUUUGUAGUUGAAGGUAAGGAAGGAGAGCCUACACGAGAUGAAAGAAUAAAAGAUAUAAUGAAAAAAAUCAGAGAACAAAAAUCACAUCCACAACCACAAAAGAGAAAGAGUGAAUUGACAACCUCAAAUGAAAAGUACACAAGAACUAGGAGACCAAAAAUUCGAGUAGGAUGGCGCCACUUCAAAAAUGACAGCUUCAAACAAGUAUUCUUUAAAGAUGGAGGGGGUGUCCGUGAGGUUUUAUUGCCAUCACUUGAGCUUGAAGUAAAUGAUGUCAUUCAAAUAGCAAAAGAGGUAAUGUUUCCUAGAGGGGAGUGUAAGUAUGGUAGCAUUAGUCAGAUGCAAGUAUGGCUGGGGGACUAUGCUGGAGAAAAGUUAAGGAAUUUCGAAAUUCAGGGAGAUGACAAAAAGGGAGAAGAUAAACAAUGUCUCGGAAAGUACUUAAAAGCCCAAGGACUCCAUCUUUCAAGAUGCACAUUUUACUUGAUGACGAGAGAAAAGAAUUCCUCAUCAGCCAACAAUACUUUAACCCUCUUCUCCGCAGAAAGUUCAUCUUCAAAACAUUUUGGCAUCAUUGACAACCAGAAAAGGAGUAAAGAAGAUGAGCCUAGUGAGCAUCAGUUCGUACCAAUUAAUUUUGCUGGCAUUGUCUGUGAAAAACAAAUCAUAAAUAUUCAGUAUGUGCAAGAAAAUUUUUCCAAGUAUGACAGUGAAAAAAGUUUAAUAAAAUGUCAUUCAAUUUCACAGUGCCAAAAUAUUACAUCUUUUACUGAAUAUGUGGAUGAUGAUGACGACUACAAUCCUUGUUUGUAUGGAUUUUUUAUAAGCAGAAUCAGAAUAGGUCAGAAGUGUUUUUUAGAUUGCAUGUUUGAAAGACACAAUGGGAUAUUGGAAAAGGAUAUAAAAUUCCCAUCAUCUAACAAAACUGCAAAUUUUGAAGGCAUCAUUAUUCAUGAGCCAAUGGAGAUCUGGGGCUAUGAUGGAGAUAAAUUUGUGCUAGGAAUUGUAGCUGUCCCUGCGGAAAAUGCCAAAUAUGAGUGGUUUAAAGACAACAUCCCAGUUAAUAGAGGGGAAAGCUGUAUUUACAUUGUGAAGGAACCUGGAAUGUAUGCAUGCCAAGUGUCAUAUGCUGAUGUAAAGCAGAUGUCAAAACCUAUUCAAAUAAUUGAGGUCUCAGAAUGUGCAAGUAAGACCUAUGAAGACAAAGAUGUGGUAUCUGCAGAAGUUGUUCAAACAAGGAAUGUUUCAUUGACCAAGUCUACUGAUACAUGUGUUUCAGGGAACAUUACAGGAACAAAUAAGGCUGAGAAAGAUUCCUCUUUAAAUAGAAGACAAGAGGCACUUGGAAAAGAGAAAUCUUCAUGUUUUGCUGCUCCAGAAGUAAAAGUAGAUGACUUGAACAUAGACUAUUCAACUACAUUAGGGUCUGGAGCAUUUGGAACUGUGUACAAGGGAAAAUGGGCAGGAUCAGUUGUUGCCGUAAAAGCACUGACAGUUACGAAAAGGAAUCCCAACACAAUGCUUGAAAUGGUUGAAAAGGAGAUCCAUAUCAGUUCAAAGAUCUGUCAUCCAAACAUUGUUCUAUUCCUGGCUGUAGCUAGAGCACCAGCUACAAUUUAUCUUGUUCAUGAAUAUAUUGAUGGCUGUAAUAUGGAAGAUGCUAUUUUUGAUCAGGAAACAAAGCAGCUAAUGGACAUUAAACCUGAGCACAAAUUGUUUAUUCUUCGUCAGUGUGUACAGGGUGUGGCAUAUUUGCAUGCUCUGGUCCCUCCUGUUAUUCACCAAGAUAUAAAACCUAGCAACAUCAUGAUAAAAAAGAUCUGCCAUACAACCAAGCUUUGCGACCUAGGAGUUAGCCGGAUCAAAUCAGUUAGAGCUGCUAGUAUGUGUACUACUCAAAUGGGCACCGCCUUUGGAACACCUUCCUAUAUGGCUCCAGAGUGUUUACUUCAUAAUGAAAAAACUUGCAUUAGCUCAGACAUUUGGUCACUUGGUGUCACCUUAAUUGAAUUUGCUAUGGAGCAGGAUGCAUGGGAAGUUGAUGCAGAACUAGAUGCAGUUGAUGCUGUUAAAAGAAAAAUGGAAAGAAAAAAUCCCCCCAUACCAAAUGUUGAUGCAAUUCAGGUGUGCCAAACGUAGUGAUGGAUGUUUUGAAAAGAUGUAUUAGUUAUGAAAAAAUCUUGCGCCCAACAGCAGAGGAGAUGUUACAAUUGUUUUCAGGCUAAAUUUAACUUUGAAAUUUUAGAUGUUCAGGAAAAAAGGAA